AUGCCCCCAGGCUGGUUCAGGGGCCACCGUGAGCUGGUAAGCGAAGCUCCUGCCUGCUGCCAGCCACCAGCCAAGCUUGGCCUUGUGGACAACAAGGAGAACCCCAGGCAAGUUGCCUGCUCCCAGGAUGAGGAAGGGGAGGCAGGAGCCAGAUCUGCAAAGGCUGCUGGGCAGGCCUCCAGAGCCUUGGGACGGCGAUGGCGCCGAGGACAAGGACCGGAGGACGACCGUCUCUGCGCGUCCCGCGGCAGCAUUUGUGUCCCAGACUCCGGAGGCAACAUUUUCCGCGACUGGAAAACCGAAAUCGGUGAGACUGGGGCCAGACAGGACUCUUACCCCCACUUCACCGCUUCACUCAGGCAGCCAGAACUUCCUGCUCGUGAGGGAGGAGAAGCUGCGACCCCCGCGGCGGGCGGAGCUGGCGCGAUAAGUUCCAGAGGAACCUGCGCGCGGCCGGGCUGCUCCUGGAGGAGAUUCCUGGGCAGGGCUUCCCAUGACUCCUACUUCUCCAGCACCCAGAGGCACCAAGUGGUGGCAGAGACCCUGGCCCAAACAAUCUAUGGGAAACAGAAACGUGCAGAGAUGGUCAUGGCCCGUCUGCUGACCGAGGGAGUCUACACUGCAGCCUUCCCACUGCGUGAGGGCCCCUGUGAUCUGCCCGGGUACCAGGUGCCUGGUGCAGACCUCACCCCUCGACAAUUGCUCUAUUCAUACUGGGCCUGCUGGGGGUGCUGGCACAAGUACCAGCCCCUGCACCACAUACAGGAGGACUCUGGGGACAAGGCAGCUAUCUACUUUGCCUGGUUGGGCAUCUACACGGCCUGGCUGCUGACUGCUGCUCUUGUGGGUACCCUGGUCUUUACCUCUGGCCUAGUUGCCGUGGGCACAAAUGUACCAGCGGAGGAGAUCUGUGCGAGCAGGAGUUCCUUCCUCAUGAGCUCACUCUGUGAUACUUGUGCCACAUGGAAUAUUUCCGAGAUCUGCCCCAUGGCCAAGCUGGGCUAUCUCUUUGACCAUCUGGGAACUGUGUUCUUUAGCAUCUUCAUGUCCUUCCGGGCCAUGGCCUUCCUGGAGCACUGGAAGCACAAGAGUACCACCUUGGCCCACCACUGGGACUGCAGUGACUUCCAGGAAGAGGAAGAGUGCCCACAUCCAGAGUUUGUUGCCCUGGCCCCACAGAUGGCCCAGAACCCAGUGACAGGCCUGAAGGAGCCCUACUUCUCACUCCGCACCCAUCUUCCCCGCCUACUCACCAGCUCUGCAGCCAUCCUCAUCGUGCUCUGCGUGGCGAUGAUUUUCCUGGUGUCUGUCAUCAUUUACUGCGGCAUCAUCAGCAUUGCAGUGUUCCACACGGCCAACUCUGUGCUCACGACCCAAGCUGGUAACGUUGCCAGCAUCAGCAGCACUGUGCUCUACCUGGUACUGAUCCUCCUCCCGGGCCAGGUGUAUACCUCACUGGCUGAGCAGCUCACCAGCGAGCCUGGAGGCUGCCUUCUCGAGCUUGCUCAACAGCUCUUCAUCAUCACAGUGGGCAAACAGCUGGUCAGCAACGUGCAGGAGUUCGUUGUGCUGAAGCUGAAGACCUGGCGGCAGAAGAGACACCUGGCCGGGCUGCUGGACACCCAGAUCAGGCAGGAGCAGCGGCGCUGGGAGGAGGACUAUGAGCUCACUGAGUUCAAGGGCCAGUUUGAUGAAUACUUGGAGAUGGUGCUGCAGUCUAGAUUCGUCACCAUCUUCAUGGCAGCCUUCCCACCGGCACCCCUGUUUGCUCUGCUCAACAACUGGGUGGAGAUCCGACCAGACACCCAGAAGUUCUUUGGGAGUAGGCGGCUGGUGGCUGAGCGGACCUGGCUGCUCCCGCUUGAAGCCAUUGCCUACCUUUCUGUCAUCGUGAAUGCUUUCCUCAUCGCCUUCACCUCGGACUUCCUGCCACGUCUCCUGUACCAGUAAGAACACCACAGCCAGCUGCGCGGCUACGUCAACUUCAUGCUGGCGCCCGGUGGGGAGGGGUGGGAGUGCCGGUCGCGGAGUCGAGAGCCUCGCGGGACCCCGCGCCCUCCUCAACCCAGGUACAAGGGCUUUCGCGACGCUCAGAGGAAUCGCACCCUCUUCUACUGGAAGCUGCUGGCUGUGCGUCUGGGCUUGAUCAUCGCCUUCGAGCACGUGGUGUUCUUCCUGGGCCUCAUCGCCUGGCUCGUGCCCGACGUGCCAGUCGCCCUGGCUACCAAGAUAAAGCGCGAGUGCUACCUGGCCAAGCAGGCGCUGGAGGACAACGGGGAGGCGCUACUUUGGGUUAGCGCUGCCCACGGACCCUGGCCCCACCCCUCUGACCACGCCCCUCUGCCUGCCCCCAGGCCUAUGCUCAGCUUUCGUGUCCCGCCCUCUUGUUUGGCCUCGCCCAGGGGGAGGAUUGGCCGCUUGCCCUCAAAUUUUCGCCGGGCCUCCCUCUUCAUCCAGCUCCGCGCACGCCACGCCCCUUCUUUUACACUGUUUCCACCACUGUCGCUUCUGCUCUGGAGGGCCCUCCUGCUCAGCCUGACCUAGCCUUGCUUUCCGUCCACUGCAGCAAGGGCGCUGUCCCCAGAGCCCAGGACGCAGGGUCGAGUGAGGAGAGACUGCCCUUCCACGACCCUAGUUCCCCCAGGAUCCUCCCUCCUUUGGGGUCCAAUGCUU